AUGACAUCGACAACUAUUUCAGUAUUCAUGAAUCCAUGGUUACAGCGCAUCUUAAAGCUUGUAUACACGGUACGUUUCCUGUGCGCGCGUGCUAAGAAAGCUUCGCUUCCUCGUGAAAGCGCGCACGUGUGCGGUGGGCGCCUUAAACCCGCGUUCGGUUCCACCUGCGCCCGCGCCGGAUCAACGAGAUACGAUACGAACAACACUCACAGAGCCCGUCGCGCGCCCGGCCAGAUGUGUCGUGUAUAG